AUGUCCCAAAAUCCUGCAUUUAUCCCUGAUAAGGCCAAGGAAAUAGUGCUCGAUUUACUGCCAGUGAAGUCUCGUGCAAUUUAUCAAAAGGAGUAUGAUGUUUUUGUCGAAUGGAAGCACAAACAUGCAGUACUCGUUGUGAAUGAAGAUGUUUUACUGAAUUAUUUACACGAAAAAUCACAAGCUUCCAAACCAUCGACAGUUUGGUCAAAAUAUUCCAUGCUGAAAGCAGUAUUAAGCGUUAAAGAAAAUAUUCAGAUAAAAAAAAUUCCAAGGGUUAUUGCUUUUUUGAAGAGGAAUUCAGUUGGUUAUGAGCCUAAAAAGUCUAAGGUAUUGUCCAGAGAAGAGAUCGAUCAAUUUUUGGCUACGGCUAGUGAUGAAGCUUAUUUAUUCACUAAGGUUGCUCUUGUUAUCGGCCUUUGUGGAGCGUAUAGAAGAGAAGAAUUCCACUCUCUACGAGUGCAAGACAUCAUACAAAAAGACGACAACUGCCUUCUAGUAACUCUAGCUGAUACAAAGACUAAUAUAAAAAGAGUGUUUCCGGUGGUUGGCGAAGGAAACGUGGUCAAUCCAGUUGAGUUAUAUGGAAAAUAUGCUCGUCUUCGACCAAAAAAUGUACCACAUAAUUACGUCUUCAUCUCUUAUCGCAAAGGAAAAUGCACGGUGCAACGCGUUGGCAUUCACUCAUUCGGAAAGAUGCCUUCGCUUGUAGCAGCAUUUUUAAAGCUGCCGAACUCAAACGAAUAUACAGGUCAUUGUUUCCGACGUAGUGCUGCUACUCUUGCUGCAGAUGCAGAUGUGGAUUUCACAUCGCUGAAACGCCUAGGAGGUUGGAGGUCGUCCACAGUGGCGGAAGGUUACAUAGAAGAAUCUAUUGAAAAAAAAAAAGAAAGUUUGCAAAAUGCUUAUGGGGGAAAAGAAAAUCGUGACUACUUCCACGGAUAUAUCUCCAAGUACAUCUUUCGCAUUUGCUCCACCUCAUGAGAAAGUAGAUUUACCUGA